AUGGCUAAAGGAAAACAAUCUGCUGGAAGUAAAGGAAAAGAGAAGGAAGUUAAAAAAGAUGAUGGCAAGUUAAAGCCAGCUACCAGUGUCAAGGUCAGACAUAUUCUGUGUGAAAAGCAUUCUAGAAUCAUGGAGGCAUUAGCUAAAAUCAAGGAGGACAAUAUGAGAUUUGAUAAGGUCGCCGAGUUGUACAGUGAGGACAAGGCCAAACUUGGAGGUUCGCUUGGUUGGAUGACUCGCGCUGGUAUGAUCGGUGUAUUUCAAGAUGCAGCUUUUGCAUUACAACCUAGCACUUGUGAUAAACCCAUUUUUACAGAUCCUCCAGUCAAAUCCAAGUUUGGCUAUCAUCUUAUCAUGGUUGAAGACCGUAAAUAA